AUGCUCCCACGCGCGGAGGCGGCGCGGGGCGCCCUGGUCGCGGCCACCUUCGCCGACGAUGUGCUGCGCGUCUUCGGGGCCAACCGCAGCCUGUCGGCUGGGCAGCUCUCCGCGCUGCUGCGCCAGCUGGGCGCCGCGCCCGCCCUGGACGCGGUGCUGCCGCUGACCCACCUGCAUCACAACCAGUGCUUGACUGGUGAGGAAAUUUUUUCUUUGCAUGGGAUAUCGAACAGCAGUCACAUAUCAAAUUCAAAGUUCUCUACAAUAUGUCCUGCUGUUUUGCAACAGCUAAUUUUUCACCCGUGUGAUCAUCAGGAAAACUUUGUGGAUACAUCUAAACCACAUUCUUUACAAGUUUGGGGAUUUGGCUUCCUGGCUGUGACUAUCAUUAACUUGGCAUCACUUCUGGGAUUGAUUUUAACUCCCCUCUUAAAGAAGUCAUAUUUCCCUAAGGUUUUAACCUACUUUGUGGGCUUGGCCAUUGGUACUCUCUUUUCUAAUGCAAUUUUCCAGCUCAUUCCAGAGGCGUUUGGGUUUGACCCGAAAGUAGAUAACUAUAUUGAGAAAGCAGUUGCUGUGUUUGGUGGAUUCUAUAUUCUCUUCUUUGUGGAAAGGAUUCUUAAAGUGAUAUUGAAGAUCUAUAACCAGACUGGCCAUAAUGACUCCGAAAAUGGUGAACAGAGUCGUUCUCAGGAUAAGCCUAACCCACCCAAACCACUAUCAUCCAGCAAUGGGGGGACAUGUUAUGCAAAUUCAGCCGUCAUAGAGAGCAAUGGAAAUCUUGGUUUUGACAGCAUCAGUGUGGUCUCAGCACAGGAAGAAGCCACCCAAGGCAGCUUAUGCAAGUGUCUUAACGGGCGUCCACUGUCAAAGAUUGGGACCAUUGCUUGGAUGGUAACACUGAGUGAUGCCGUACAUAAUUUCAUAGAUGGUUUGGCUAUUGGUGCUUCUUUCACUUUGUCUCUGUUUCAAGGGCUUAGUACCUCCAUAGCCAUCUUGUGUGAAGAGUUUCCUCAUGAACUGGGGGAUUUUGUCAUCUUGCUUAAUGCAGGAAUGAGUACUCGGCAGGCUCUGUUUUUCAACUUCCUGUCUGCAUGUUCCUGUUACAUUGGGAUGGCUUUUGGUAUAUUAUUAGGCAACAACUUUGCUCCUAACAUCAUCUUUGCUGUAGCUGGUGGAAUGUUCCUGUACAUCUCUCUGGCAGAUAUGUUCCCAGAGAUGAAUGAUAUGCUGAGAGAGAAAGUGACAGGAAGAAAGAUGGAUCUCACAUUCUUCCUUAUUCAGAAUGCUGGUUUACUAACGGGGUUUACUGCUAUACUGAUGAUUACCUUGUAUGCAGGAAAUAUUCAGCUGUGAUAAUGCAAGUGAAAAUGGAAUCAGUACUGAAGACGUCAAGUAAAUUACAAAUGGAAGACACUUGAAAUCCAUAAAGGGACAUUUCAUUUAAUCUACUUGGUUUUGAAAUGGUGAUAAGUCCCGUCCUGUCCCUCUUGCUCCAAAUACAGGACUUGCAGUCAAUCCAAAUAGUAGGAGCUGUCAACUUCUGUACUAUGCCAAAGAACCGAUUCUAACUUUUUUAUUUCUACUUAAAAUUAUCAGACAUACCUGAACUGUCAUAGAGAAAGGAUGUUACUUGGCCAGUAGAAUUAUGCAAUAUAUGCAACUACAUGCGACUCAAGACCAAAUGAAAGCUGAGGUCUUCAAGGAAGGUGCUUAUUUAAAAGAAAAUACUGGAGUCUCAUAUACUUUUUUAACUGUGAUGAAGGCAAGCAGUCUCAAAACUGGUUAAUUUUCAUGACUUUUGUUGCAGGAUUUGUCUGUGUAACAUCCCCUUCCCCCACCAAAAAAAAAAAAAUCAAACUAUUUCAGAGUAGGUACUAAUGAAGCUAAGAUUUUUAAUUACUAAUUAACACUGGAAAAAAAGAUACCAGUUACUGCUUUUGAUCUUUUCUCUUUAUAAGUGCACUAGGGAAUUGUUGAUUUAUUUUGAGAACCACUUUUUUAAUUAGAGGGAGCCUGUGUUAAAUUUAUGACAAUUUGUCAACUCCAUAAUAUUUUAGAAACAUUGAGUAUUUUAAAAAUGUUCAGGCAUUUUGUAUUUUAUAAAAAUAAUAAUGUUUUAUAUUUAAGUUCCACAAAUAUCCUUUUUAAAAAUCAGUGUUUUGGGUUAAAAUUUUUAAAGAUUUAUUGUUAGUUUUACAAAGUGAAAUUUAGAAAAAACUUGCUAAAAUCAACAUUCCAGUAAGCUUUUUUGUAAUUUGAAUAAUUUUCUUGUGUGCAGUUGGGUGAAAGUAAGUGAUACUAAAAUAUACAAACUCUUAUCAUAAUCUGUUGCAUGUGAACUUUCUAAAAUUGUGCUUAUACGUAUGAGUUCUUCUGAAAUAAACAAUUCAGCUACUCUGGUGUUGUAAGAUGUGUGCACGGAAAUUAAUAAAAAAAUGUAUUCCAUUUCAGU